ACAGUGAUCCCACUCUCACACCACCAGUCUCCCCCUCCACAGUGAUCACUCUCACACCGCCAGCCUCCCCCUCCACAGUGAUCCCACUCUCACACCCCCAGCCUCCCCCUCCACAGUGACCCCACUCUCACACCGCCAGUCUCCCCCUCCACAGUGAUCCCACACUCACACCACCAGUCUCUCCCUCCACAGUGAUCCCACUCUCACACCGCCAGACUCCCCCUCCACAGUGAUCCCACUCUCACACCCCCAGCCUCCCCCUCCACAGUGAUCCCACUCUCACACCGCCAGUCUCCCCCUCCACAGUGAUCCCACUCUCACACCGCCAGCCUCCCCCUCCACAGUGACCCCACUCUCACACCGCCAGUCUCUCCUCCACAGUGACCACUCUCACACCACCAACCUCCCCCUCCACAGUGACCCCACUCUCACACCGCCAGCGUGCCCCUCCACAGACCACUCAUUGCCAUUCUCUCCCUCCACAGUGACCACUCUCACACCGCCAGUCUCCCCCUCCACAGUGAUCCCACUCUCACACCACCAGCCUCCCCCUCCACAGUGACCCCACUCUCACACCGCCAGCGUGCCCCUCCACAGACCACUCAUUGCCAUCCUCUCCCUCCACAGUGACCACUCUCACACCGCCAGUCUCUCCCUCCACAUUGAUCCCACUCUCACACCGCCAGCGUGCCCCUCCACAGACUCCACUCAUUGCCAUCCUCCCCCUCCACAGUGACCCCACUCUCACACCGCCAGCGUGCCCCUCCACAGACUCCACUCAUUGCCAUCCUCUCCCUCCACAGUGACCACUCUCACACCGCCAGUCUCUCCCUCCACAGAUCCCCCCCCCCGCCGCUCUCCGCACUCCCAGCCGCUUCUCCUCGACCACACGCCUGUUGGAUCCAACUCCUCUCCGCAACGGGAACACGGCUCCGGGCAGACAUGUCUGUGCUCAAGAUUCACGCUCGGCAAAUUUUCGACUCAAGAGGGAAUCCCACAGUGGAGGUGGAUCUUUACACACACAAAGGGCUCUUCCGGGCGUCUGUGCCGAGUGGCGUCUCCCGCGGAGCUCACGAGCCCACGGAGCUGAGAGACGGAGACAAGACGCGAUUCCUCGGACAAGGCGUGUCCCGUGUGGUGAAGUACAUCAAUCAGUACAUUGGUCCUGCACUCUGCAGUCAGGACGUUAAUGUCAAGGAUCAGGAGAAGAUCGAUGACCUCCUCGUGGCCAUGGAUGGAACCGCUAACCUGUCUCGGUUUGGGUGCAACGGGCUGCUGGGGGUCAGCGUGGCCGUGUGCAAGGCUGGCGCGGUGGAGAGCGACGUGCCGCUCUACAAACACAUUGCCCAUCUGGCGGGGAACACCAACUUAGUGCUCCCAGUACCGGUGCUGAACGUGCUGGCAGGGGGCGUGCACGCGGAUGGCGGGGGCGUGCAGGGCCUGCAGGAGGUGCUGGUGCUGCCCGUGGGCGCGAGCUCGCUGCACGACGCGGUGCGGCGUGGCGCUGAGGUGCACCACGCGCUGCACGCGCUGCUUCGCGAGCGCCAAGGGGUGGGCGCCACCAACGUGGGCGACCAGGGCGCGUUCUCGCUCAGCCUGCCCUCCGCACGCGAUGCGCUACAGCUGGUGCGUGAGGCUGUGCAGCGCUCGGGAAACCAGGACGCGGUGGUGCUAGGUAUUGACGCGGCAGCAUCGGACCUGCACGUGCAUGGGAUGUACCGCAAACGCACACAGGAGGAAGGGCAGGAGGAUUCCCUAAUCUCAGCAGACACUUUGGCUCAGAGCUACCGAGACCUCGCCAAGGAUUUCCAAGUGGUGUCGUUUGAAGAUCCGUUCGACCAAGAUGACUGGACCGCCUGGUCUAAAUUCACAGAGUCUGGAUCGUUCCAAGUGGUGGGAGACUCUCUGACCGUGAGCAGUGAGUCGCGCGUGGAGCUGGCGGCUGGACAGCAAGCAUGCAACAGCCUCACGCUGUCACUUACUCACACGGGGACGCUCACGCAGACCAUCCGCGCGUGGAGGGCUGCUCGCCGGCACGGGUGGGGAGUGGUGGUGAGUCACCGCUCCGGGGAGACUGAGGAUCCCUUCAUCGCAGACCUUGCCGUAGGCCUCGGAGCCGGACAGAUCAAGACGGGUGCUGCGUGUCGCUCAGAGAGGCUGGCAAAAUACAACCAGCUCAUCCGAAUUGAAGAGGAGCUCGGCUCAGAGGCAAAAUACGCUGGGAGGAACUACCGCAACCCACAUGCCGGCUGAACUACCACACAGUUAACUACAAACCCCACUCACACGCAGUAAACUACAAACCCCACUCACACACAGUAAACUACCACAGAAUAACUAAAAACCGCACUCACACACAGUAAACUAAACCCCACUCACAGUAAACUACAAACCCCACUCAACCACAGUGAACUACCACACAGUGAACUACAAACCCCACUCAUACACAGUGAACUACCACACAGUGAACUACAAACCCCACUCAGUGAACUACAAACCCCACAGUGAACUACAAACCCCACUCAUACAGUGAACUACCACACAGUGAACAACAAACCCCACUUACACAGUGAACUACCACACAUAGACCAAACAACCACAAACCAAACCACCACAAACCACACGCAGUAUGCAUGAACUACACGCGGUGGCACGGUUGUCCAACUCCAGGCCUUGCGACCCACCACAAUAAACCUGUGUUUACUGCGAUCGAAUGCAACGUGUUUACACGCUCCACGCACCCGAUUAUUGGUAAGCACGAGGCAUUUGACUUGACCCUCCUUGGCUUGCGAUGAAUCGUCACCAUUUGGCGGUUGCGAUCCAAGAAUCCCCUAUAUAUUUUUGCCCUUGUAAAUGUAUUCCUAGCUCUUUCGGUAGUCACGUUGAAUGGAAAUAAUAAAAUUAAUAUUAUUUUAUUGUUUCCCUUCAACGUGACUUUACCGAAAGAGCUAAGAAUAUUAAUUACUGCAGUCACGAAAGCUUUAAAUCAAAAUUCUUGUAAGUGUAGUUUAAUAAUUAUUCUAUUUUGAUCGUGCACUCUUUACACUGGGGCGUCGAGGGCACUUAACACACGAUGAGCGACUUACAUCACAACUCACUGGUAAAAUAAUGCUGGUUUACCCAGGAAAGCCUCAACGGGUCUCAAGACACUCUUUUCAGGAGUGGUGCCAAGUUUUUGCAGUUGGGGAGGGGGGGGGGGCGAUGUUGCCAUGUUAUCCCAAUUGAGCAAUUUUAAAAUGUUUCAGCACUGGUAUGUUUGGUCAAAUUGUACACUUAUUCCCCCGCUAUGGGAGGAAACUGGACAACCUGGAGGAAAACCUAUGGACCUCCGAUGAGCACAGUUGGCUACGUACGGUGCGAAAAGUUCAACAUACAUACAUGCAGAUCGGGGGGGAGAACAUAGGAGUGCCUCACAGAGAUAAGUGCCCGAGUUGGCAAUUUAACCCAGGCCAGUUGAUGAGGCCUAAAGUUUCGAUUUAAAGCUUUCGUGACUGCAAGGAUUCAUCUUCUUUGGUUCUUUCGGUAAAGUCACGUAGAAUGAGAAUAAAAUAUUAUUUUGAAUCAUCAGGUGAUGAAG